AUGGAGCUCCCGGUCAAUCUCCGCCCCGAUGAAUCGAGCCCGGAGUGGAUGAACAAGGGAGACAACGCAUGGCAGCUCACGGCAGCCACGUUUGUGGGCCUCCAGAGCAUACCAGGUCUCGUAAUCUUAUACGGGAGCAUAGUAAAGAAGAAAUGGGCCGUAAACUCGGCUUUCAUGGCGUUUUACGCAUUCGCUAUGGUUUUUGUUUGUUGGGUUGGGUGGGGUUUCCGGAUGUCAUUUGGUGAUGAACUAGUAUUUUUCUUAGGGAAACCUGCCAUUGCCUUGGAUGAGAAGUUCCUGUUAGGACAAGCAUUUUUAGGGUACUUUCCGACGGCUACAAUGGUGUACUAUCAGGGCGUUUUUGCGGCGAUCACUUUGAUUUUAGUGGCAGGUGCACUUUUAGGAAGACUGAAUUUUCGAGCGUGGGUGUUGUUUGUGCCACUUUGGCUUACAUUUUCAUACACAAUCACAGUGUUUAGCAUUUGGUGUCCCGAUGGAUGGUUGGCUAAGCUUGGUGUUAUUGAUUUCGCUGGAGGGUAUAUUAUUCAUGUUUCUGCUGGUAUCGCUGGGUUCACAGCAGCCUUUUGGGUGGGUCCCAGAUCAGACAAAGACAGGGAGAGGUUCCCGCCAAACAACCUGAUUCUGAUGCUUGCAGGCGCAGGCCUGCUUUGGAUGGGGUGGAGUGGAUUCAACGGUGGAGGUCCCUUCGCAGUAAGUAUUGACGCAUCUCUGGCCGUCCUUAAUACGCACGUGUGCACGUCCACGAGCCUCUUGAUGUGGCUUCUUCUUGACACGUUCUUCUAUGGGAAACCGUCCGUCGUUGGUGCCGUGAAUGGCAUGAUCACAGGCCUCGUCUGCAUCACUCCUGGUGCAGGGGUUGUGCAGACCUGGGCAGCAAUCCUAAUGGGGAUAAUCUCAGGAAGUGUACCAUGGUAUACAAUGGUGGUACUCCACAACAAGAUUAAGCUCUUAAGACUAAUUGACGAUCCUAUAGCAAUUUUCCACACUCAUGCCAUUGCUGGAAGCCUCGGUGGGAUCCUAACAGGUUUCUUCGCUGUGCCAAAACUAUGUCGAAUUUUUUACUUGGUGGACGAUUGGGAAAAAUAUGUUGGACUCGCGUAUGGUCUCCAGAAUGGUCGAACUUCUGCUGGAUUUAGACAAAUGGGGAUUCAAAUUGUCGGGAUUGGCUUUGUUAUAUGUCUAAAUUUUGUUACCACUACCUUAAUCUGCUGGUUCAUUGGAUUAAUCGUUCCACUUAGGUUGUCUGAUGAGGAGUUGCAAAUUGGGGAUGAAGAAGUGCAUGGAGAGCAAGCUUUUGCGUUAAUUGGUGAUGGAGAGAGAUUUGGAAAUCCUAAGCAUAAUUCAGUUUAUGAUACAGAUGAUUUGAACUCUUAUGUGAGAUCAAGGUCUAUGGGUGAUGUUCAGAUGAUAUGA